GUGCGCUCACUCUUCCUCAGUUACCCCUCAGUCACCCUGUGAUGAUGUGUGCACAGCCCGCCUCCUCCCAGCUGAUGCUCGCUGUGUGUCAAUUCCUUGUCUGUGAAACAAGAAGAGACUUCAGUGCUGGGGCUGGGGGAAAAAACGGAGACCGUGGGGCUGCACCGUUAGUAAACCCAUGGGAGGGUGUGUGGGCUCUCACCAUGACUCUUCGGGCAGUUUAAACGAAAAUUCAGACGGAACUGGAGUUGCUUUGGGUCGUAAUCAGCCCCUUAAGAAAGAGAAGCCGAAAUGGAAGAGUGAUUACCCCAUGACAGACGGACAACUUCGCAGCAAGCGGGAUGAAUUCUGGGACACUGCACCUGCUUUUGAGGGACGCAAAGAGAUUUGGGAUGCCCUCAAGGCUGCUGCCCAUGCUUUUGAAAGCAAUGACCAAGAACUGGCACAGGCCAUUAUUGAUGGUGCGAAUAUAACUUUACCGCAUGGUGCCCUUACUGAAUGCUAUGAUGAACUGGGCAACAGAUACCAGCUGCCAGUCUACUGCCUGGCUCCUCCCAUCAACAUGAUUGAAGAGAAGAGCGACCUUGAGAUUCUGGACAUCCCUGACCCACCCCCCAACUCCGGCCACGAGUGCCAGCUCCGUCUGCGUCUGUCCACGGGCAAGGACCUCAAACUGCCCGUUCGCAGCACGGACUCUGUCCACCACAUGAAGCGACGACUGCACUCCGAGGAGGGGGUGGAGCCUGGCAGCCAGCGGUGGUUCUUUUCUGGCCGGCCUCUGACAGAUAAAAUGAAACUCGAGGAACUGAAAAUCUCCAAGGACUAUGUAGUGCAGGUGAUCGUCAGCCAGCCUCUGCAGAGCCCAACACCUGUGGAAAACUGAAAAAAAAAUAGUAACUAACUCUUAAUAUUUUGAGCCUUUUUUCUUGUCUUAUUUCUUUUUUUCUACUUUGGUUUCUCUCUUUUUUUCUGCACACUAAUUUGUACAAAUAUAUAAAUCAUCCUCCGUCUGUGAUGGAAAUAAAAGGCAAAUUGGUGCUGGCCCAUGUCAAGAGAACGAGAAAAACGGACGCACUGAAGAGCUGUUUGUCUUGGUGAUAGUAAGCAAUGCUGUAGUCUGCAGAAGGCAGAUAUUUUUUAUUUUGUUGUUUUUAUUUUUUGUCUACAGAUCUACCAAAAAGAAAAUGUGUAGGAGUGAAGUAGUUAAUGUAUGUAAAAAUGACACAUGCUUUUAUAACUGUUGUGUAGCUCCUUGGCUGAUUAAUUUCUUUUUGGAGCUAAAAGAGUAAUAUUUAGUGGGGUAACCAUGUACAGUAUAUACCUGAUUUUUUUUUUUUUUUGUAGUAGUAGUACUAAGUAUAUAAAAAGUAGAAGCUUACUGUUUAUGUAAUGGACAAUGUGUGUACAGAAAAUGCAAACCCAUGGCCUGACAGUCAACAAUAGGUGCCUUUUGGAUUGCAUGCAAGUUAAAUCAGCAGUCAAGACUAGAUGAGUCUAGAUAACCACGUCAAAUUAUUUGUCGGAUGAUUGAUGAUGAUGAUGAUGAUGGUCAAAUUUGUACAUUGGGUUUGCUGUUUUGGCACAGGUGGGUUGCUGUCUGUCAAAGACCGUGGCAUAAAUGUUUUAUAAGAAUAUGAAUUCAGAAACACCACAGUGACUUGAUCUGCCCAUGGACCUAUAGCUCACAUGUAGGAAGGUCCCUCCCACCACCACCACUAUCACCACCACCACCAGCAGUACCAAGCACACAGUACAGGAACUCUGAUAUAGGUAAGAUCAAAUCGGGGAAAUUCUGCAACAACCACAGUGGAACUAGUACCCUCCCCCCCAUCUCACAUACACAGGCGCACAAACAGAAACAACUGCCCAAGCUCACACACAUAUACAUAGAAAUGCAAGCUAUUUUCUGAGGUCCACUAGAUACUAUACAAAUCAGGGCAGGCUGCAUUCAAACCAGCACGUCCCAUUCUAUAAAGAACACCUGGACAAUAAAUAAGAUUGGAUGUAAAGACAACGUUUAUAACUAUUCUGUUUUGUAUGUGUGUUAAUAAGACAAAAUGUCUGUUUUUUAAAAGAAAAGAAAAAAAAGCCAUGAAUUUCAGCCACAAUGAGCUACAAAUAUGAAAGUAAACCCCUUUUUUUUAAACAAAUAGACAAGAGUUCUAUAUUCUGUUCUAUGUUUGUGGUCUGAUUUAGUCAUGGGCAAGGUGUAGUGUAGAAUCUCAAGUAGUGUACAAAUUACUAUUAAAUAUAACAGGGUUAUUUUAAAAUGAAAUAAGAAAAAGGUGAAUGUGCCUUGAGCUGUCUAAAUGCUUGUGAUCAUCUGAUACAGUAUUGUUAACAUGCCAAAUUUCCUAGAGAAAUGAAUAGGUUUACUAACCGAAUAACAGUAUCUCUACAAACAAGAGCGUUUUGCAAAGGCUUUGUUGAUGGCAGUCGCACGUUAAUAAUGCUCCAGAGAAACAAGAGAGUUCUUUAGGACUGGAAUAUGCUUUGUGUUCAGGUGCAUUAACAAGCCAGCAAGAGGCAGACCUGUGACCAAUGUUAGCCCUGCAGAUGAGCCGUGAUUCCCCAACCUCCUCUAAAGAAAUUGCCCAUUACUAACCUAGACUUUGUACCCAUGUAACCCUUGUGUUUCAGGAUCUCUCUAACAUGGUAUACCCUUGGUAAUAAGGAACUGGAGUAUUAAUAAUCGUAAUGUUGGAUUAUAGAACAAUCUGGUUUUUUUUUUUUAAAUUCUUAUUCUUAUUUAUUUCCCAUUGUAUGAUCUGUUUGGUCAAUUAGAAAUUAGCACCAAAAAAUUGUGCCUUGCUUUUGUGAUUUUAUGACAGCAGUUUUCAACAUGGUCCAGUGUGCUUUCUUGGGUGCCAGGGUUUAGUCUUAAUAAAGACAGAUUCUGAGACACGAGGGUUACUAGUUAUUUCUGUUCAUGCUUUUAUGUUUUUUUAAAAGCAAAAAAACAGCCAUACAAAUACAAAGCUGUUUUUGUAAUACUUUUAAAUUGCAUCCUAAAAUGUAAACCUUCUAUCUCAGUACAGUAUUUGCUAUUUGUGUGUUUUAGUGUCUGUUACAUUUUUUUUUUAACUUCUACUACAUCAUUGCAAUAAGACUGAACCAGUUAUUGAUUUCUGCUUUUUGUUUUGUUUUUCCUUUAUGCAGGUAAGAACUGAUACAUUUUUAUUUUAUAGUCCAGGAAUAUCAUAAUGCCCUUCUUGAUAAACAUAAUGUCCAAUGUAGGUUAACUUUCCUGCAAAAUAAUGUAACUUCUUUUCAGGCAUACAAAGUAAAGAUAAGAAAGUAGAGUGCUGUGCAUUAUUUUGAAACUGGUGUUCUCUUACCAUGCCGCACAGUUUAUUAAUUGAUAACUAAAUGGCACAUCAAGUGUACAAGGAGAUAUCUAGGAGUAUAAAAUCUGAGAUGGGAGUCAAGGAUGUUGUCUCCUUGUAUGCUCCAUGAAUCCUCUAAUUAUAACUAUUAUAUGAAAA